GGCUUCUACGGCGCACGUAUAGCUCACGGGCUAAAGUAGUCGCGUUGACGAUUAUUUUAACAGCUCCGACGAUGGCUUCGUUUUUCGGUUUAGACAAGAUUCAGCGGCUCUCGGCCAUCAUCAAGCACAACGGUGGCAUAAUGAGGUCCGCGUUCAAGCUCUGGAGGAUGGAUGAACUACGAAUGGGCACUCUUGUUGGCGUUGACAAGUACGGGAACAAGUACUACGAGGACGACAGGUUUUUCUUUGGGCGCAACCGCUGGGUGGAGUAUGCCGACUACUACUACUUUGACUACGAUGGUAGCCAGGUGCCAAGCGAGUGGCAUGGCUGGCUACACUACAUGACCGACUUGCCACCCACCAAGAAUCCUCCUCCGCAGUACAAGUGGCUUGCCCCACACACAGAGAACAUGACGGGCACCAAGGACGCCUACAUGCCCUACAGCACCGUGCUCCCCAAAAUUCACUCGUGGGUGCCGCCUAAGACUGCCAGGAAAUGAACACCCUCGAAAAAAAGCAUUGUAGACCUGUGCUGUUGUAGGUGUAUCGAUUGCUGCUGUCGAUCACUCUUGACUGUACAUACGAUAAUUAGGUCAAUAAAUGAACUAACAC